AUGUCGUUGGGGCAGUGGCUGGCCCAGCUGAUGAGCAGUUUGCAGGACCCGCAGAAAGUGGCCCGUUUCCAGCAGCUGUGCGGGGUGGAAGCGCCGGUGAGCUGCACAGCCGCGGCCGCCGCCGACCCGAGGGAGGAUGAGAAGGCGGAGGCGCAGCUCGCCGGAGAAUCGCGGCGCAGAGAGCGGCAGCCGGGGGCGUCCGGAGGCCCUCCGCCGCCCGGGAGCGACCGCAAUCAGUGCCCGGCCAAGCUGGGCGACGGCGGCGCCCCCAACGGCGUGCGGAACGGGCGGGCGACCGAGGUGGGCCCAGCCUCGCCGCGGCGCGCGGGGCUUCUGCGCCGCAACUCGCUGACGGGCGAGGAGGGACAGUUGGCCCACGUGAGUAACUGGCCUCUCCACUACCUGUUCUGCUUCGGCACGGAGCUGGGCAACGAACUCUUUUACAUACUGUUCUUCCCCUUCUGGAUCUGGAACCUGGACGCCCUGGUGGGCCGGAGGCUCGUGGUCAUCUGGGUGCUGGUCAUGUACCUGGGCCAGUGCACCAAGGACAUCAUCCGCUGGCCGCGGCCCGCCUCGCCACCCGUGGUCAAGUUGGAGGUUUUCUACAACUCUGAGUACAGCAUGCCCUCCACCCAUGCCAUGUCCGGCACCGCCAUCCCCAUCUCCAUGAUCCUCCUCACCUAUGGCCGCUGGCAGUAUCCUCUCACAUAUGGACUGAUUCUUAUUCCCUGCUGGUGUUCUCUAGUUUGCAUAAGUAGAAUUUACAUGGGAAUGCACUCCAUUCUGGAUGUUAUUGCUGGAUUCCUAUAUACCAUUUUAAUCUUGGUUAUCUUCUAUCCAUUUGUGGAUGUGAUUGACAACUUCAACCAAACUCACAGAUAUGCUCCAUUAAUCAUCAUCGGGCUUCAUUUAGCCUUGGGGAUCUUUUCUUUCACUCUUGACACCUGGAGUACAUCCCGGGGAGACACAGCUGAGAUUCUGGGAAGUGGUGCAGGGAUUGCAUGUGGAUCUCAUUUUACCUAUAAAAUGGGUCUACUCUUAGAUCCUCCUCUGGAUAUAUUACCUUUAGCUAGGCACCCCAUUUCAAUGACUCUGUUUGGAAAAGCCAUAUUGCGGAUAUUCAUAGGGAUGUUCUUUGUACUAGUCGUCAGAGAUAUGAUGAAAAGGAUCACUAUUCCUUUAGCCUGUAAAAUCUUCAGUAUACCUUGUGAUGAUAUUCGAAAAGCAAGGCAGCACAUGGAAGUUGAACUUCCUUAUCGGUAUAUCACCUAUGGAAUGGUUGGUUUCUCCAUCACAUUUUUGGUUCCUUACAUAUUUUUCUUUAUUGGAAUCUCUUGA